AUGGAUAAAAGAUAUAAACAUGAUGAGUACAGCUUGAGAAGAAGUAUCAGUAACACUUUACGUAAGUCGAGUUUAUUAAAAAAUGGUAUUAAUAAUAAUAAAAAUAUAGCUUUAAAAAAAUUUGUUCCAAAUAUAGAUAAUUUAAAAAACGAAAAUAAGUCAAAAAAUGAUGAAGUGGAUAAAUUAGAAACUUUAAAUAAUAAGAAUAUUCAAGAAUUAAUAAAAAAAACUAUCAGCCUAGACUUACAAAAGGAGACAAAAAAAGAAAAUUUUAACAAUAAAAUUAAUAAAGCAUUUUCUUCUCAAAACAUAGAUAUAUCUUUAAAUAACCAAAUUAACUUACUAAACUUAGAAAAGAUAAGCGACAAUAAUGAAAAUAUAGAAAAAAAAAAAAAAACAUCUAUCAAUAUAUAUGAACUAAAUAAUAUAAGUAAAAAUAUUUUCUAUAAUAAAAAAUGUGCUUCACCUAAUGCUCACUUUUUACCAUUAACUUUACCAUUUUUCACUAAUAAUGAAAAACAGAAGAAAAUAAGAAAAAUGCUUUUAAAUAAAGAAUCUUUUUUUUUUUAUAUUCAAUUACCAAAUAUGCUACCUGCUAUUAAACAAAAAGAGGAAAGUGAUGAAGAACAAAUAAAAGAGAAAGAAGAAAUAAAUGAAAGUAAACAAAAAAAAGAAAAAAAAAAAUUUAAUAAGUCAAAAAAAUAUUCAUAUGAACUUAGCAAUAUAAACACAUUACCUAAUGGAAAAUUUGCAAAAUUAAUAAUUUAUAAAAACAAAAAAAUAAAAAUGAAAAUUAAUGACAUAUUAUUUGAUGUUAAUGAAGGAUCAGCAUGUACUUUUUCUCAAGAAAUUGGCUGUUAUAUAAGAGAAAAUUCAGAAUUUAUAUUUUUAGGUAACUGUGAUCAUAAAAUAGUUGUAACUCCUAAUAUAGAAAGAAUUAUUCAUAACAAAUAA